ACCGUUACGACCUCGCGCGAUAUUCUCUCCGGAGGUUGCUUGACCCAUACUUGGGGUUUUCACGUCAAAAGCGGCUCAAGCGGACUCAACAAAGUGACGACUUGGAAACGCGUGACUCGUUUUGGUUCUUGAAAUCCACGUGUCUUCUUCGAUGACUUGGCAGCAAGGUUGGGUGUGAGGCUGGGGAGGGUUUAGGAAAACUGUGGCAUCUGUACUUUGACACCACGGCGCACUUGUCACAAUGCCGAUCCUCGAUUUGCUAGCAUCGAUCACGGGGGAAACGCCGAAACGGUCGCCGAAACCCAUCCCCAAUACGAGCAUCAUCCUGCCCAAGCGAAAAGCCGAGGAUGAAAUUCGGCCAGUCGCCGCGAAAGUGGCCCGCACUGGUCCGGCGCCCGAGAAGGCUACGCGGCCUGUCGCUACUCUCUCAAAACCAUUACCUCGCCCAUUAGAUACGCCCCUUGGCUUUUCUAGUGACAGCCAAUCCUCAAGGCCGCAGUCGAGCGUGGACAAGAAGGCGUCGAGUGAGAAACCGAGCGCAGCUACGUUCAAGGCUGCCGGCACGGGGGCUACACUGGGUAAUGGCAUCAAACCGUUACCUGCCCGGCCUCUCCCGAACCGUCCGAGCCCUACAGAUUCCAAUCCACUUAAAAAGCGGUCCUUUGCAGAGAUCAUGGCUCGGGCGAAGGCAAACUCGGAGCAAAGGGAGUCUCUGGGAAAAAUCCAGCACAAGAUGGUCGAGCGGAGCAUGACCAUGAAGGAGCGCAAGGAAAUGAAGGCGGGCACAUUGAAAAGGACGAAGAUGGAGGCGAGGAAGGUAGCGAGUGGCCAGGUCAGCGCCGCAGGCACAUCUUCAAGAGAGGCGGCCAAGGGCCCCGGUGCCCGGAAUGGUUUGCCGUCCGGUGCUGCUAACGCCAAGAAGACGCCGCCAGUCGAGGAGAAGAAGGUGAAGAAGGCGGCUUUGGCGACGACGGGGUAUACUGGCACCGCACGGCCCCGGCCCGGCGUGUCGACUACCGCCAAGCCUGGCGCCCCAGGUCGUCCCGGUUCCGAGACCCGGGCUCGCGACAGACCUAAAUAUGGUGGCCCACUCUCGGGCCCGCGGAACAGAUAUGAAGAAGACGAUGAGAUGGACGACUUCAUUGUUGACGACGAGGACGAGGCAGAAACAAGCUAUGGUGGCCCGGGGUAUCGUUAUAACUCGUACGAGGACGAGUCCGACAUGGAGGCUGGUCUUACAGAUAUUGAGGACGAAGAGCAACGGGCCGAGCGCCAAGCUCGGCGCGAGGAUUUGGAACAAGAGGCUCUGGAAAGGCGGCUGAAGCAAGAGAAGGAGGAACGGAGGCGCAGGCUGCUCGCCGCUGCGAAGUCCAAAGCUGCCGGUCGCUGACCUGGUUGCUUGAUGCAGCGUGGAGGGCCAGGAUAUAUAUGGAGGGCACAUUUCCACAUCCUGCAUCUGCGUGGAGUUCACGGUUGGGCGGCGGGCAACGCACGUGCCAGGUAUCCGGUACUGUUGUCUCAGAGCUGUAAUCAUUUAUCCAGUCUGUUAUUGCAACACAUCUGCAUUCUCUGGCGAUGCCGUUUUCCACUGAGAAGCGUCUGUU